CCAUCAUCUUUGAUUCCUGUCUCCGCAGCUUGACCCACAAACGCGACUAGGGCAGUCACCGCGGCGUAGCUGCCGCGUCUUGCCCCGAAACACAACCGUCAACGCCGUCCCGGACCGCAGCAGCGCGGCGCAACCCCAAUCGGAGCCGGAGCUAGCGAAGCGAGCGCCUCGCUUCCACAAGUCGCUAGCUGCAUCUGGAGCGCCGCCGGCCCGACCAACGCCCGAGCCAGCCGUGGGCGUUCGGCCGCCGAUUCCUCUGGGCUCUGGUGGAUGUCUUGUAGGAACACACUUGGAUGAGGUUACAAUACGCGUGGAACGCCAUACCCUUCAUUCUGCUAUUUUGUGCUAUCUCCACAAAUAAAAUCUUCUCCAACAACAAACCUUUCAGCUUCACCAUAGCGUCUGCUAGGUCGUUGCUUCAGAUUGACCCAAAUUCAGGACUUGUUCAGGACAAGGUAAAAGUUGGACAAAUUUUGGAAGAGGACACCCAAAACAUUGUCAAUAUGACUAUGAAUGUGUCGUCUGGAUGGAGCAUUGUGAAAGAAGAACUCAUACUUCCUGCUAGAGGUGCCCCUUUCAAUAGUUGCCAUGCUUCUACUAUUGUACAGAUUGAGGAAGACAAUUUUUUGGUAGCAUAUUUCGGUGGAUCCAGGGAAGGUGCCCCGGAUGUUAAAAUCUGGUUACAGAGAUAUAGUGAUGGUCACUGGCAUCCUCCAGUGGUGGCUGAUGAACAAGAUGGGGUGCCCAUGUGGAAUCCUGUUUUGUUUCAGCUUCCCUCCCGUGAGCUGCUUCUCUUCUACAAGAUUGGUCAAGAAGUUCAGAAGUGGAGCGGUGCCAUGAAAAGAUCGUUAGAUGGCGGUGUAACCUGGUCACCUAGAGAGCAGUUACCUCCUGGCAUCCUUGGUCCUAUUAAAAAUAAGCCUUUCUUGCUUGAAGAUGGGCGCCUACUGUGUGGAUCAUCAGUUGAAAGUUGGAAUUCUUGGGGUGCAUGGCUUGAGGUUACGAAAGAUGCCGGAUGGACCUGGAGAAAGUAUGGCCCUAUAUGUAUAAAAGGUCAACCACUUGGGGUGAUUCAGCCAGUUCCCUACAGGACUGACGAUGGAACUAUUCGAGUGUUGCUGCGAUCAUUUGAAACAAUUGGUCAUGUCUGUAUGGCCGAUUCCAUUGAUGAAGGUGUGACAUGGAGUUAUGUCCGUGAGACUGAGCUUCCAAACCCAAAUUCUGGGAUUGAUGGAGUUAAGAUGAAGGAUGGAAGAGUACUGCUUGCCUACAACACCUUCUCCAGAGGAACGCUCAAGCUUGCAGUAUCCUUAAACGACGGUGAUUCAUGGGACGAAGUAAUGACACUAGAGGACACAAAAGGUAUGGAGUUUUCGUAUCCUGCAGUGAUCCAGUCUAUGGAUGAGCUCAUACAUGUUACCUAUACAUACAAUCGGACACAGGUUAAGCAUGUUGUUCUUCGACCUAGUUCGAUGGUGAAAUUGUGAGCCUGCAACUGAUGAAGGCCUACGGCUGGCAACUUCAGGACACCCAAAUUUAUCACCAAAUGUUUGGUGUGGGGGGGGGGGGGGGGGGGGGGGGGGGUCAUUGCAUCGGAUUGGCUAGAUUAUGCUCAGUUGAUGUCAAAUAAAAUGCUUUCAGGUGCUACUUAAUGGAUUUUUCGAGGUUCAUCUAAAAAAAGUAAAUACUGUUUAAAA